GGGGAGUCUCAGCAUAGGAGACUCAAACACAUGUAUGUUAGGACAAACAAGCAAGACACUGUAAAGGCAGUUUCACAACUAGAGGGUAGGACCUGUAAGAUACAUGAGAUUAAUUCUUGUAUCAGCCUUAAUGAUAGAUCUAGGGAUCCUAUCAAGUCAAGGGAUCUUGAAGUCCAUUAUAACAUGGCAGUAUCAAAAAAGGAUUCUAUCCAUCUUUAUCAGUGGCUUUCAGAUAAUGAUUCUGACCCAGCUUUACAGAAUUUCCUGCCAAGUCUUUGCAGGCACCUGCUUGAACACAUUCUCUUGAGACAGGAAGAUGAGGCCUUCACCACAGACAAGCUAUACAGCCUCCACAUAAAAAAUGACAAGCUUUUCUGUCUCAAGGUGCUACACAUUAAUUACACAACCUACAAUGUCAGGAGAGCCCAAGAUUCACUCAAUCCAUGGACACAUGCUGAUAUCAUGUUGCUAUUGGAUAACACUGAACAUCCCUACAUUUACACUCAAAUAAUCGGACUUUUUCAUGCAGAGGUCAGCUAUAUGGGUCCAGGGGCUGACCCUAACUUCCAAAACUUCAAUUGGCUCAAUUUUACUUAG